AUGAGUUCUCUUCGUCACCGAGCCGCACGGCUCAGCGAGAAGCUCGAAGUGCCCGUGGACGAGAACUUGGACGGCCAGAGGGCCACGGCAUGGAACAAUCGUGAUCUCGCUCCCCUUCCUCCAUACAGGCGAACGUGGACAGUAUGGGGAUUCUUGGGAUUCUGGGCCGUCAUCCAACUCAACACAGUAGGGUGGCAGACAGCAAGCUCGUUGAUCUCGCUCGGGUUGAGUGUGUGGGAGGCCAUGGUGGUGACGAUCAUUGCUAAAUUUCUCAUCGCUGGAGUGGCAAUUGCGAACGGCUGGUGGGGUGCUCUCUGGCACGUCGGGUUCUCUGUUGGCAACCGUGCGGUUUGGGGGCUGAGGGGAUCAUAUCUGGCUCUCGCACAGAGAAUCAUGCUUUGUCUGGUCUGGUACGGCGUCCAAGCCUGGAUCGGUGGCCAGAUGGUCGGUGUCAUGCUUUACAGCAUCUUUUCCGGCUACAGGCACAUCCCCAACACCUUCCCCGCCAGUGCGAACAUGACGACUCAGCAGUUCGUUGGCUUCGUCGUCUUCCUCUGCUUUCAGUUCCCCUGCCUGUUGAUUCCUCCCGAGAAGACCGCGAUCUUGUUCCGGUAUGCCAACAUUAUCACCGCGGUCACUAUGUUGUCGGUCACGAUCUGGGCACUGUCAACGGCCCAUGGCGGCGGUCCUCUGCUCACUGCUAACAGCACACUCACCACGACCAGUGAGAGAGCCUGGGCUAUUAUCCGGGGCAUCACGACCGUCAUUGGGUCCAUUGCCGUGUCGCUGACGAACCAAAGUGACUUCAACCGGUUCGCAAAGACCCCGGGCGCACAAAUCCCUGGUCAGAUUUACUCCACGGUCAUCAUUGGUGCGCUUGUGACCCUCAUGGGUACGCUGUCGACCUCUGCAGCUCAAAAGAUCUAUGGUGAACUGCUCUGGUCCCCCGCAGAGCUCGCGAUUCGCUGGAUGGAGGACGGUUAUACCGCAAAGGCGCGGGCGGGAGCCUUCUUUGCCGGCUUCGGCUUCUUCAUUUCUCAACUUAGCAUCAACACCGUCGACAAUGCCUGGCCGGGUGGCUUCGAUCUCGCGGCACUCUUUCCUCGUUGGAUCAAUAUCCGCCGAGGCGCGGUCAUCACGUUCGUGCUCGGUAUUGCAAUCAACCCGUGGCAAUUGGCGGACACCGCUAAUACGUUCAUCAACGUGCUGGACGGGUAUUCGGUCUUCCUCGGGCCCAUGGUGGGCAUGAUGGUCUGCGACUUCUGGGUGAUUCGAGAUCACAAGCUCAAACUUUCUGACCUUUACAUCCCCAAUAGCUCGUCCAUCUACUGGUACAACCGGGGAUUCAAUUGGCGCGCCUACGUCUCGUGGCUCAUCGGCAUGGCGCCCGCGCUGCCGGGAUUCAUCAACGCUGUCAAUCCAUCGAUCCACGUGCCCAAGGGCGCACAGGAGAUCUUCUACCUCGCAUACAUCGAGGGAUUUGCUCUGGCAUUCGUCGUGCAUUAUGUCUUGAACCGGCUAUUCCCGGUGCCAGGCCUUGGGGAGAUCGACGCCGAGGAUCUUUUCGCAACUUUUACGGUGGAGGAGGCAAGGAAGUUGGGUGUGAUGCCUCAUCCACGGGUGCUCGAAGGUGGAAUAUUAGAGAUCCAGGAUGGCGAGCGUGCGUCGUCAGAAGAGGCUGUAGAGUCAAAGGGAGUUGUGAUUGGAGAGAAGAUGGUCGGUUAA